AUGCUCUCAUUUUCUUUCAACCCUUACACUUGGGACGCCACAAAGGAGCGAGUUGGCUCUGAUGUUGUGACCCUGCACUUGAAAAACAACGACAGCGAGCUUAUUAAAAUAUCAAAUCUUACGGAAGACAUUGUUAUCGUUACGCCUCUAAAACUUCAGAAAAUCUCUGCUUCAGAAAAGUCAUGGUAUUUCACAAAGAACGAUGAUCUACGUUUCCACGAGAUAAACGUCAAGUAUGAAAACACCCUGUUGAUGCUGGAUAUCAAACCUCAAGAUCCAACCGUACAUCUGUUUGUCUAUAUGCGUUUUGGUCAGCGACCGACAACUCAAAACUACGACCUCAAUGCUACUAUCUCUUAUGACAAAAAGUGUGUUUGGAUGAUAAGCGCACAUGACGAAAGUGACGGGCAACCGGUCUGCUUCGUGAAUCCACGUGCGCCGAUACAAGUUCUGGCUGAGCGUCCUGGGAAAUACUUUCUCGGCUUAAAAAAUUACAAUGCCACAGUGAACUUAUCUCACAAAAGGGAGAAAAGAUCUUGUCUUGGUGGAAGGCGAAGGAAGCGCUCCUGCGUCAAAUUCAAAGAUCCACCACCUGCCCCGCCCCAGAGUGAAAAUGUCCCUGUGAUGUCAGUUUAUGAUUCCACAACAGACCAGAACUACACUCUGAAGGUGACCUUGGGUAGUUGUGUUUACUGGUCAGAAACAUGUGACAAGUGGAUAUCAUCUGGUUGUCGAGUAAGUGAAAAUUAAAUAACGCUUUUCAGCGCAAUCUUUUUUUAUCUAAUUUGGAAUCGUAUUCAACACUAUUCAGAUAAUUUGAGCUUUCCCGAGUAAUGUUUGCAAAAGUGUUCUGGUAUUGUAAUAAUCUUCACUCAUUACGCUUAUCAUUUAAUUCAGGCUAAUCUUUGAUUAGAGAACAUUUUCAGACGACAGUCUAAUCGAUUUGAUAGCCAACUGAGGCAUAGAAGCGCCUUAAAACAAAAAAGAUGCAGUGUGAUUUAUGGUGACAGCCAAAAUGAUAAUUUUUAUCAUUAACAUCUUGCAUUUAUGAUUUCAGGUUUUAGCAGAAUUAGAUGGAUUUUUAAGCUGUAGCUGUAGCCACUUGACAUCAUUUGGGGGAAUUCUUUUAGUGGAACCGAAUCCCAUUGACUUCGACAAGGUCUUAGUCGAGUUUCAGCAGUUAUCAGAAACUGGAAAUAUCGCAGUAAUUGUGGUUAUUGCGGUGAUUUUAUUAUGUUAUGUGACUGUGCUUGUUAUCGUAAGGAAAUUCGACGAGGAAGACGCGAAAAAUGUGAGUGUCGAGCGAGAUUUUGCUUAGGACUGUUGUUUUAAAGGAGCAUGGUCUCCAGCAUGACCAUUUCACUCCCAUGAUUUUGUUCUUAAAUCUCCCUCCAGUUGCUAUACAAUUUGUUUGUAAAUAAGUCAUGACAAUUUGCUAAUAGAUCAAGAUAACAAAAUCUUUGUUUGAGUAUUCUCAUGACCUGUUACCUGGAUAAUGUACGGAUAUUUUUGGGAGAAGUUGCAUGUUGGUCACCCCUGGGAGUUUUUAGAGAAAUUUUGUUGAGAAAUAUCCUUGAAAAAAAAAAGAUGUUUAAAAGUGAAAAAAUGAAGUGACAGUUUACAAAAAGUUUUUUUUUUUGGACUGGAACCAAAACAGCGAAUUAAGAAUAUAAAUUAGCUAGCCAAGUAAUUCAUGCUUUAUUAUGUUUUUUUUAGAAGGAAUUACCGAUCCAACUUCCAUCACCUUCAAGCAGUGCCUAUGAAUAUAAUAUAGUGAUUACAACAGGGGUUUGGAAAAACUCAGGCACGACUGCUCAUGUUGCUUUGGAGAUUUAUGGUUCUGAUGGAAAGAGUGGCAUUCUUCAGCUUAGCCAAGAAGAGCCUGGUGCAGUGAAUACGUUAUUCUCACGAGGUAAUUCAAAUGUUUUUGUACUUUAUGUUAACAAAUCACUUGGUGCGAUUCAAGGAGUGCAGAUUGGACAUGAUAAUUUUGGAGAUAAUCCCUCGUGGUACCUAGAAGAAAUCCUGAUUCGGGACGUACAAUCCAAGCAGUCGUGGAAAUUCAUAGCCAGUCGUUGGUUUGCUCUUGAGCGUGGAGAUGGGCGCAUCGAGCGAGUAAUCGACCAGACCUCAAAUCAUUUGGAUUUUGGCAAUGAAGUUGCAAGACGUUGGAGAAGAGGACUCGCGGAGUGGCAUAUUUGGAUUUCAGUAGCAGCCAAGCUGAGAAAAAGCCGCUUUACAAGAGUACAGCGGCUUUCUUGCUGCCUCUCAGUGCUUUUGACAUCUAUGUUUGCUAACGCGAUGUUCUACAAGUUAGAGGGCAAAUAUGAACAGCCUAUCCAAUUCGGACCGCUGAAAAUGUCGUGGAGACAAGUGGUAACUGAAAUUGAAAGCGCGCUUGUUGUGACACCCAUAAACAUUGUCAUAGUGAUUCUGUUUCAGAAAGGAGCUGAAAAGUCUGCGACGAACAAUGACUGUUGUCUUAAAGGUACCCUGAUCUCUGGUAUCGCUUGGUGUUUGUUGUUUUUUUCUUGUACUGUUUCGGCUGCGUUUUCAAUUUUCUACAGUCUAAUUUGGGAAAAGAGUGUCAGUGAGCAGUGGCUGUCUUCAAUGCUUAUCUCAUUCGCGCAGGACGUAACAAUCAAGGAACCAGUAAAGGUGUUCUUCACAGCUUUAACAUUUGCGGCCAUUUUAAAGAUAAAGGCGAAGAGAUCAAAAGUACACGCCUGCGAAAACCCUCAACAGGUUAAAACUGGGUACUAUGAGAAACAUUUUUGGACACUGCAAUUAUCAGAUGUGGAGGAGAUGAGGAGACGACAGGCUAAGAAACAGAACGUGGCACGUUAUUUCACAGAGUUGGGUUUAUACUUGGUCUUCGUUUUCUUGCUUAUGGCAGUGUGCUAUGGAAACAGAAAUGACCAUCGGUACUUGAUGACGAAAUCAAUCCAGGAUGGACUACCAAACUUUGGCAAGGUGAGUAAACAUUAUUUGAUUAUGAUAAAUCCAUUGCUGAAAUUCGCGUGUUUAAUUUAUCUUACGACUUUUCGUUCCCAUGGAGAUCCAAAAUCAAAUAUAUGAAGUAAAAUUUUACUUUGCCGGCCUCUUCAAGAACUGACUAAGGCAUUUUCUGCUUUUGUAAUGGAUAUUUUGAGUAGGAAUAUCCCUUUAGAACAGGGUACAAGAGAUAUAUUAGUGCGCGAGACCCAAAUUUAGGACUGGAAAGAAAUUCCAAGCAAUAGAUGUAUAAUCCCAUGAAGACAUUGGCAUUCAAUUCUGCUAUAGGAGAAGAGCCAGAAAGCGGCAAACAUAAUAUUUGAGGGGAUGGGUGCAAUGAAAAUAAGCAAGUGAGAAUAAUAGUCUAAGACACGCCCAUAAAUAGUAACUCGCUUGUGUGACUCAAACUUCAGCUCGUCUAUUCAUACUGCUAUACUUAAAAAAAAAUCUAUAUAUAUAUAUAUAUAUAUAUAUAUAUAUAUAUAUAUAUAUAUAUAUAUAUAUAUAUAUAUAUAUAGGAAGUCUAUGUUUCGGUUUUCCCGUAUUACAGUGCUUGAUACAUGGAAGUACAGCGUGAUAUGAAUUAAGCUAGGGAAAAAAAACAGAGACCAAGGUUUUUCUCGACAAGCCUGUUUCGUGAUUAGAUCAUUCUUCGGGGGAUUUUAAUGGAAAGAAUAUUUGUAACCAUCGAAGAUAUACUAUAAAAUUUGCAUAAUAAAUGUGGCGGUAAAUUUAGGUGCUUUGUUCAGCUGUUGCGCAGUAACGCUUUGUUUCUGUGAAGGUAUGAAGACACGAGUUCAUUACCCUUGUUAACUGAUGACAAUUCAAUUAACAAUUCAUUUAUAUAUAUAUAUAUAUAUAUAUAUAUAUAUAUAUAUAUAUAUUUAUUUAUUUAUUUAUUUAGUUUAACCCAAUGAUCUUGUACUAAUUUAGGUGACAAACAAUACAAUGUACUGGAGCUGGUUACAGCGUGUUUUCAUCCCAGGUGUGUUUUCCGGAAGAUGGUACAACGGUCAAAGCGAUGAGCAAACAAUUUCUAUUGGUAAUAAACAAUCUCUUCUCGUCGGAAUGGCUCGAGUAAGGCAACUUAGAGUGAAAGCGAGUAAGUUUUUUUUCCAUUUUUAUUCCUCUUUGCAUUUCAGUGAAAGGCUAUUUACCCACACACGUCAUUUCACAUAUUAUAGUUAUACAUAUAUAAUUUUGUCUGAUAGAGUAGCAAUCGGUGCACAAACUUAAUUAUAGAGUUAAACAAUAGCUUAUUGAAAUUCUUAAAGAAAAAAUAUUGAAUAUGCACUGGUUACAAUUUUCUCGACUCCUGACCAUUCUGACAAUUAUCUAGACGAGUGUUUAGGUAGCUGCGUUUUAUUAUGAACGUUGAUUAAAUUUAGGUUUUGAUGACGGCGCUCCUUUCCUCCGAAAGCAAAUGCUACUUUGAAGGCUUCUAAUAAUUCUCCAUAACAAGAGAUGUCCAUAUUUGUUAAAAGUACGAAAUGUGUCAUCCCUGAGUGAAAUGAAUGCCAAAAAAUACUUCCUAAUCAUGAGCUUUUGUUCCAACUUUCAGCGCAAUGUAAAGUCCUAAACUAUAUGGAAACAUCGUUCCAAGAAUGUUUCAAAGGAUACUCGACAAAGAACGAAGACAAGACCGCCUACAACAAACCAGGCUGGAAGCCUGUCGACAAUGCUGCGAGGAGUGACGAGUUAUUACAACUUUGCCCGAAGCCAUGGCGAUAUCAACAUGCCGAGAAAACCGACACUUCACCCAGGUGGGGACAUUUCUCCUUUUAUUAUGGAGGAGGAUUUGUAGCAGACCUCGGUUAUGAUAACCAUACGGGGUUCAGCAUAGUAACAAAUUUACAAAACAACGGUUGGCUUGACAGGCAAACCAGAGUUGUCCUGGCAGAGUUUUCCACAUUCAAUCCGUCGGUGAAUAUUUUAAGUGUUGCCACAUACUUCUAUGAAGUUGAUGCAUCUGGACUGAGAGCAGCCUCCAUGCAAAUUCGUGUUCUUUCACUUGAUUCUACAGGCACACCCUCGCAUCAGUUUUAUUUGAUUUGCUUGUUCCUGUACAUUGUAUUCGUUUUUCUGUAUUUUGGAAGGGAAAUUUUCAGACUUUACAGUCAUCGUUCUCGAUAUUUCAAGUCUAUCUGUAAUUGGGUCGAGAUAUUUCAAAUUGUUUUUUCUCUGAUUUCCGUGGUGAUGUACAUAAUACGACAAAGUAAAACCAUUUCAACCAUGAGAAAACUGCAUAGAAACAUUUACGAAAAUCGAAGUUUCCAAGAAGCUAUCACUUGCCAAGAAGUGGAAAAUGUGGUACUUGGAAUUCUUACUUUCAUCGUUACCACCAAGCUAUUGCGAAUCACUCGCUUCAACAACUAUGUUGCUCUAUUCUCCGCAACAUUGAAGAUAUCUGCACGAUCUUUGUUAUCCUUUAGCAUCGUUUUAUCCAUUUUCUUUGUGGCAUUUUUGCACUUUGGUGUCUUAGUGUUUGGCUCUGUAUCUGGGCGCUACUCUUCGGUGCUAAAAUGA